UGUGCGAUAACGGCAGUUAUAAUAGCUGAAAUUAUGAUAAUAAAGAAACAUAACAUUAACUCUAAGUGCGGCUGCAGAGCUCGGAAUGAGAUGAGCUGUUUUCAUUUUCUUGUGGUUAGAGAUAUAAUCUGCUGCCCAGUUGCAUUAAGGUUUUUUUUUGUUUGUUUUUUUUUUCACCUAUAGGAUGUGGUGCAGCCCGAGUGCCCCUGCCUGCCUGCCUGCCUGCUCCUCCCUAAGUAGUGUACAGCGGGACACUCCGCAGUUCGCUUAUCCCGUUCCUUCCCGUUGCCUUUUACGCGCACGACGUCUGCAGCCUCAGUGAUUCAGGGAGCCCGUCUUCUCCGCACGCUUCAAGCUUUUUUGGAUGAAGGCAGGACUCUUUCCCCAGUGUUCCGAUGGCGAAACAGCGCCGGUCCUCUCCCGCUGAACAUUUUUAGAGGAAGAUAUUCACGCUUUUUCUUCUUCUUCUUCUUCUUCCUCUUCUUUUUCUUCUUCUUCUUUUCCUUCCCCCCCAGCUCAUUUUCAACAAAAUGUGGGACGCGCGUUCUCUGCGCAGCGUCCGCGGAGUGCUCUCUUCAGUCGUGGCCGCUUGACUAAAGGGGGAUCCCGGCUCCCUUUUCAUCCUCUACCCCCCUCAGGAACAAGAGGAGUUUGCAUGCAAAAGGUGGUUUAUCUCGGCAAGCCAUGGAGGGACUUGCCUAAAGAGGAUCCAACAUAAUUCAAAAUUUUUAGACUUUUUUUUUUUUUUUUUUCAUUUUUUCCCUUUUUUUUUUGUGUGUGUGUCAUCGUAACCUCUUCCCAGAUAAGUCUCCUUUUCCAUAACCAUGGCUGAGAAGCUUGGACCAGCGGGGCUCAAGCCCACCAGCAUCCGAAACACUCCCUCACUGCCCCCCGAGCCCAUCGACAUCAUCCGCACCAAAGCCCGCUCCCGCAGAGUCCGCCUUAACGUCGGGGGUCUCAACCACGAGGUCCUGUGGCGGACCCUUGACCGGCUACCCAGGACCCGGCUCGGCAAGCUUCGAGACUGCAACACCCAUGAGUCCCUGAUGGAAGUGUGCGAUGACUACAGCCUGAAUGAAAAUGAGUACUUCUUUGACCGGCACCCAGGGGCUUUCACCUCUAUUCUGAACUUUUACCGCACAGGCAAGUUACACAUGAUGGAGGAGAUGUGUGCCCUUUCAUUUGGUCAGGAGUUAGACUACUGGGGGAUUGACGAGAUCUACCUGGAGUCCUGCUGCCAGGCCCGCUACCACCAGAAAAAAGAGCAGAUGAAUGAGGAGCUGCGGAGGGAGGCAGAGACAAUGAGGGAGAGGGAGGGAGAGAUAGAGUUUGAUAACACCUGCUGCCCAGACAAAAGGAAGAAGCUGUGGGAUCUCCUGGAGAAGCCCAGCUCCUCGGUGGCUGCCAAGGUGCUAGCCAUCAUAUCAAUCCUCUUCAUCGUCCUCUCCACCAUCGCUCUGUCUCUCAACACCUUACCAGAGCUCCAGGUCACAGAUGAGUACGGCCAGGCCAAUGACAACCCCCAGCUUGCCCACGUGGAGGCCGUGUGUAUCGCCUGGUUCACCAUGGAGUACCUCCUUCGCUUCCUCUCCUCUCCUAAUAAGUGGAAGUUCUUCAAAGGCCCGCUGAAUGUCAUUGACUUGCUGGCCAUCCUGCCCUACUAUGUCACCAUCUUCCUAACAGAGUCCAAUAAGAGCGUGCUACAGUUCCAAAAUGUGCGCAGAGUGGUGCAGAUUUUCAGGAUCAUGAGAAUAUUGAGGAUCCUGAAGUUAGCCAGGCACUCCACAGGGCUCCAGUCUUUAGGGUUUACUCUGAGAAGGAGCUACAAUGAGCUGGGGCUGCUUAUUCUAUUUCUUGCCAUGGGCAUCAUGAUAUUUUCCAGCUUGGUGUUCUUUGCUGAGAAAGAUGAAGAUGCCACCAAAUUCACUAGUAUCCCUGCCUCAUUCUGGUGGGCAACCAUUACAAUGACCACAGUGGGCUAUGGUGACAUUUACCCACAGACUUUGCUCGGAAAGAUUGUGGGUGGGCUCUGUUGCAUUGCAGGAGUGCUGGUGAUUGCCCUACCCAUCCCUAUUAUUGUCAACAACUUCUCUGAGUUCUAUAAGGAGCAGAAGAGGCAGGAGAAGGCCAUCAAGAGGAGGGAGGCACUGGAGAGAGCCAAGAGGAACGGCAGCAUUGUGUCAAUGAACCUAAAAGAUGCCUUUGCCCGCAGCAUGGAACUGGUGGAUGUGGUGGUAGAGAAAGGAGAGGACAAAACCUCCCUUGACAACCACCUGUCACCUAGCCGCUGGAGUGGGGCUAGGGGCUCUGAAAUCAACCUAAGAUCCCCUGAUAAAAGAAACACAGAUUCUCUGGCGCCGAGCUCCCCUCACCGUAUAACCAUCACCACCACUGGAAGUCCACAGCGGACAAACAGGACCCCUCAGCACCUUAACGUUCAGAAACUGGAGGAGAUGUACAACCAGAUGACCAAGUCACAGUCCUUCACUAACCUCAACACUACAAGCUCCAUGAGCACUCUGAGCACAACUAUGACCACCCCUGCCUCACCGAAGAAAUCUCACAGCCCUGAAAUCACAUUAAAAGAGGAGGUGGAGCUGGAGAUGAAGGAAGUCCAACCAUCCUCACCAGAUAACUUUGCCAGCUGCUCAGCUGACCUUAGACAACAGGGCUCCAACUCAGGUGAGGAAAAUGCUGGUUGUCAAAUCAGACACCCCAAGGCACCACCAUCUCUUGAUCUUAGCCAUUUGAGGGCCGGCAAUGACCAGAGCUCUCCUGGCAUCAAACUCAAAGAUGGCCUCUAUGAAUCCGUCAACCCAGGUGACGGAUCAGAGCUCCAUAUAGAAGAAGGGGAGACCUUUAACAAUGUUGUGGAGAAUAUCCAGAGGUCUCUAAGAGGGAAUAACCCUCUUAAAAUAAAGGGGUUAAAGGUCAACUUCAACAAAACCUCUGCUGAAGGCCCGCUAACACCGCCCAGCACUACCUCUCCUGGAGACAUCAGCUCCAGCAUCCUGGAAGACGAGUCUCCGGAGGGAGAGACGUCACCGCUCAUGCGAAGUUCAGAUGAGCUGCUCCCAAUCUCAGAGGAAGAGACCUGCCCCUUGUCCCCUGAGAGGCUGGUGGUAGACACCCCACCCGGUGAUGAAGAUCAAUCCACAGAGAACCACGAGGAGAAGCAUCUGAUGGAGGUGGCAGGUGCUGCAGUUGCGCCCUUGUCACCCAAGACAGCAGCACAAAAUUGCACCCAAGGUGUGGUUGGGGCAGGCGAGGAGGUCAAGGCUGACAGCAACCAAAGUGGACACAAAGUAGAGAACCACAUGUUUACAUCUGAUAUCCACCUGAUACCCGGGGAUGGCAGUCUUUCUCCGACCUGUGAAACCAGCAUGUGACUGUAAGGGAAGCUUUUAGGGACAAUAGACCCACUGCAACCUCAGCCUGGUGUGUGGGAGAGCAGCAAGAAAGGACAAGGGUGCAGUUGUAGUGAAAGAUAUUUUUGCAUGGCAUGACAAGUCCCUUUUACUUGUGUUGUUGUGUAUUGCUGAAAAAGAAACUGCAGUAUUUCGUGCAGAUUCAAGAAUGACUUCGGGACUAACAGUGGGCUCAAAGAGGAGGCUCUUUAAAAACAGAGGGAAUUCAUCAACUAAUGUAGACAUUUUGGUCCCCCCAAUGUACAUAAUGACAGUCUCCUUUUUCUAGCAAAAGAAGGAAAUGCACAGAGGGACUUAUCUGUAAAAAGCAUGCAUUUAAAAAAGACAGAUAUUUUACGGUGCUUAGUUUGCUGAAAGCGCUCCACUGUAAAUACUAGGACAUCUAAGGCAAUGACAAUGCACAGGACGGCAAAGGAAAACUGUCACUGAAGGUACAAAUAUUUGUAAUGUGAAAAGGGAAGGGAGGAGGGGUUGAAUUGAGAGCCCUCAGCUCAGACCGGUGUUGCAUCGUAGCGACCUAUAAAAAAAAAACAUAUCAUUACCUUUUGUGGAAAUGCAAAGUGUUCCCAUGACGACCCUGUAAUGUUUUUUCGUGUGAAAAAUGGUGUAUGAAACUGUAACGUUGACAUUAUUGCUUUUGGUUUUCAUAAUGACUGUUGAACUUUCAGUUUGAGCAUCCGAUAUUCAGUCUUUGAAUUAAUGAACGUGGGCAAAGAAGGACAAAAACACCCUGAUUCCUCUGAAGCGUAUACACCUGUAGUUGCCAAAUACAUAUCUAUGUAACCAGUAAGGACAGAAACUAUCAGAUACUACCAUUAUUGAAAAUAUUUAUCAUGUGGUUUCAGAUGUUGGGACAAGGUUUAAGAUGUUUCACUCCUUGUUCGUUCUUUUGACUCCAUCCAAAUCACAGAGAUAAAUCUUAUUUACUCACUCAGACAUCAGAUAUAUACAUCUAAAAGUAGUUUUAAGAAUAAAAUAAAAUAAGUAGGUCUAGAUUGGUUGUAGAAAAAUUCUACAGUAGGUAAAUGAGAUUCCAUAAAACAAAGUUAAGAGUAUUUAUGAAUUCAGCACAGUAGACCUGGUCAUUAAUACACAUAUAUGCUUUGAACUAUAAUUAUCUAUUUUGGCAGUUUAAAAGGGAUAAACUACCACAAAAAAAAGACAAUAUUCCUUGUGAUAUCAAUGGACCAAAUCAAGCACACAAGACAAGCUUUCAUCUAUCUCAGCUGCAUAAUAACACAUAUGGUAAUAACAUGUAUCAUGAAAGUAGGUAUUUUUUUUGUUUUCCUUAUGGUUUGUUUACCUGCAUUGUGUUCAUUGUCCAAUCCUCAGCGCCCUGAUGUCGUUGUUGACACUUGUUCCAUACUACUGCAAGUUUAUCCGAUCCUGCUGACAAGUUUAAGGCAUCUUUUGUUUUUUGGGGUUUUUUUGUUGGGUUUAUUUUUUUUGUAUAUCCGUAGUGUCUUGGACUGUAAUUUAUUGUGUUUUAUUGUGAACAAAACUAUUUUCAGUCAAACUUAAACCCAAAGGAGUUUUUUUUUUCUCUCUCUCUCUCUAUCUCUCUCUCAUCUUCUGUCUCGUUUUUGUUUUACACUGACUGAAAAUAUCUGUUGUAUGUUGCCUUUGAUUCCGAUUUUAUUGCUGGAAUAUUUGUUUAUUGUUUCAGCAUGACAUUUGGCUGAGUGUGUUCGUAGUGUGUUUGCGAAAGCCACACAAACCAGAAUGGUACUGACAGGAAAGUAUGUGGGUUUUUUGUUUUAUCGUUUUCUUUCUUUUUUCUUAUAAUUAUUAUUAUUAUUAUUAUUAUUAUUAUUAUUAUCAUGUUUCGUUGUUCUCACAGAGAGGUGUGGAAUGUGCAAUACCGCAUACUGCAAUCUAUGCAGGCCAAGAAUUGUGGCACUUUAUUUUCUGUCUAUGGGAAUUUGUAAGUGUACAGGCAGAAAUUACUUGUAUUUUUCAAAUGUUAUAUCUUUAAUAUGAGGCAAAACAGUAUUACAACUACCAGAAUCUCACAAACAAUGCAAAUGAGAAUUUGACUUUUACUUUUUCAUAUUAUACGGCUGGCAUAACGCUGUCAAGCAGCUGAAUGCCAGGGAUCAAUGGACCUCAUAUUUGAUUAUCUGUGGGGAUAGGGAUCCAAAUUGACCACUUUGGGCCUUUUAUAUUGCUGUUAGAUUCACACAGAAAUCUAACAAAUGUCUGUGGAAGAUAUUAAGAUAAUCUAAUUUCAAUGGCCACACACAAAGGAUUUUAUGUUUUUUGUGAAUUAACGUUGAGAAUGAUUCUAUUUUUUCUAAAACCAAAAUGGAGCACGACCACAAUUUCCUGCCAUAUGGUGGUUGAAAUGAUGCGUGCCUUUUCAUAACACCGCUGUUUAUGAGAAGGUAGCAAGUCAUUUUGCUUUGUUCAUAUAGCACUGUACAGAAAAUUCUAAUUUUAUAGGAGAAAUCAGGUCUUUAUGUAAUAGAUACACGUAAUGUUAUUGAGUUCUCAGGUUUUCUAUAACUCUCUGAUGUUCCGAUUGGAUAGAUUUUCUGUUUUUUCUUUAACAGUUCAUGUCAACUAGUUACUUCUGUACUUUUUGAAAAGUGAUGUUGUCAAAUCCAUAUUGAUGUCUUGGCUCCCGGAGUAAGGAGCGGCAAUAUUUCUCCCUCCUCCUGGGUAAUCUGUGUACCACAUUCAGUAUCCACCCCCAUCAGUCUUCAGUGAGGCAGGAAGGAGCACAAACAAACGAGAAGCUGGACCGUUCAACUUUGAGAGCUGAGAAAUAGAAAGAAGGAGCGUGAUGGGUCUAACUGACAACAGAGAAGGCAGGAAGAGAUCCCUACUGUCACUGAACUGAUCCAUCCGAUGAUUAUUUCCCAUGCUGACACCACUGAAUGCUCCAGCCCCUACAGCUUCAGAGGCUCUUACCCUAUGGCAUGCCCUCAGGAACAGUGAUCAAUGGGUGAAAGGAAGGUUAGGAUAAGGGAAUGCUGUGAAAGUAAAGAGGAGGAAAGUAAACGAGUACUCCCAAAUGGUUACAUCCUAUCAGUUGUGGUCCAUAUUUCCUUUUGUCUGUGUACAUACUGUACGCCCAGAUCGACAUAAUAUGACUCAGUAAAUAGAGGUUCGUGUGAGAGCUCGUGGAAAUGAUCAAUUCCUCAUUGGAAACUCAGAUUCUUUGGUACUCUCCAAAGUAAAAAUGUGGGGUCAGUGUGGAUGUUGAUGUUUUGGGUUUUCAUUUGUGUUUUUUUCUUUAUCAAGGAAGGUUAGAUGAUAACCUUCUUGUUAAAAUACUUUUUUUUUUUUCCUGUACCUGUAUGUUCAAAGUUUUUUUUCAUGGUUUGUAGUAAUCAUGUCUCCGUGUUAGCCUCGAGUAAUCCUUCAUUUUGACAGGUAGGGUAGAGAAACAAGGGAUUUGGAUUGAUCAGCUAUAUCCCCUUGGGAUGAUGUUUGUGUGGAUACUGAAAUUAAUUCUGUGAGCUGACAGCAAAAGGACCGUGCUCUGUCUUACUGUCUCACAAUGGCAUUAUCAUCUGUGAUAUUGUACAGAGUGGAAAGGUUGUGUCUUUAUUUUCUCUGAGAGAAUGGGUAUUGUCCGUGUCACUCAUGCGUGCUUACCAAACCUUGCUCCCUAAAAUGCAUAAAGCUAUAUUGUUUCUUCUUAUGUCUCUGUGUAUACUGCCUCUUACAUUUUUUUUCUCUGUUCAGCUUUGGAGAGCAUUAUCAUUAGACACAUUCUGAGCUACAGACUGUUUCUGUACAAAGCAACAUCUUUGUAUGCAUGUAGUAGUCCAAACAAUUAUGUGACCACAGAACACUUUGUUAUGGUACAUGUAUGUCAACAUUUCUGUAGAGCAUUGUUCCCCAUUACGUCUAUUAGCAUAUGCAGAAUAACAAAUAAAUGUGUAUAUAACUCA